UAUUGACACUUGACAGUGACAAUGUCAUUCUGUCCUUUUAUUUUGCUUUUUAUAACCUAAAAUCAUUUGAUUUGAUAAAAUCAAAAAUUGCCUGUAUUUAUCAAUAUCCAACAGUUUUACCGUUGAAGUGCGCAAUUUAUUAAAAAUUGAUAAGUAAGAUGUGGCCGAUACUACUGCAGUUCCUGCGGUCGAACGUGGCCUAUGUGACUCUGCCGGUAGCAGCGGUCGUUGGAAUAAUCGGCUACAAUUUAGAGAGCCUGUUAUCUGAUAGAUACACACCUUAUAACAAACCAGUACAAGAUCAAAGGUUUGAGAGGCUAGAAGAUGAACUACUAAAAGACCCUACUCAUGUUGAAAAACUUAAAUACAAAGAAAAUGUCUUAGGCAAGAAUGUAUCACCAUCAUUGCAGAAGAACUAGGAACUAAAAAUUAUUACUAGUAUGAAAACAUGAAAUAUUACCUACAUUGCGACAUACAAUUUCAUCAAUCAACCAAACGAAAAUAAGUUUUUUUUGGUGCUGGCAACUCUUCUUUAUCGCCAUUUUUCUAGAAAAAGCUAUAACAGCUUUUAAGAAGUUUUGUAAGCAUGCUGUAAGUUGCAAUGUAGGUAUAGAGCAUAGAUUUAAUAGUACCUAAUUAUUUAUUGUUACUAGAUUCAUAAUACCAAAAAUAUAACAGAAAUCUACAGUAGUUUAAAAAUAACUUAUUAGUGCUCUUAAUUUUUCGUUGUACAUGGGAUACUACAUUUCUUAUAAAAAUGUUACUAGCAAAACUAUGUAGAGAAGUACUUGGAACUCCCUAAUCAAGAUUUUAGACAAUAUCUUUGUCAACAUAGAAUAAAUAUUUCCUGGUUAAUUUAGCAUGUAAAUAGGCUCAUUUGUGAAUUUUGUAAGAAAUUAAGUAAUAAUUACCUUAUAUUAUUUUUAAUUUGUAAAUAAAUUGAAAUUAUAAUGUGAAAA